UUUUAUGCAAGUAGUUAACUGAGGAUAGUAACGAAAUCCACUAACCAGUGUACUUACUAGUUUGUUGUACAAACCCCCCGCGAUAGGGUUUAUCUCAAUUCAGAUUUCCAUGAACUUCUUCCGCCAUUGAAAUGGGCGGCGCCACCAACAGAUUGUUCGCUCUCCUCUCCUCCUCCACCACCACCACCUCAACCGCCGCAGCUCCGCUCCCCAUCCUUCUCCACCGCUAUUCUUCUCUUCUCAUCCGCCUCCAUCGUCGUCCCAAAUUCCCUCUCUUUUUACACUCCUCAACUCGCACCAGCAUCCUCACUCUCUCUCACUCUUCCGCUCGCAAAACUUUCCGCCUUUUUCAUUCCCACGUCACUGCGUCCUCCUCACUUCAUGAAAAUUUUCCCGACUCCUCCAUCGCCUGCGCCAGCAUCUCCUGGCCUGAGUGGUCCAGCCUCAUCAAUGCGAUCUCCGCUGCCGGUUACUUCAACCGGAGUCAGGGUUUCUCCGUCGGCGAGGAUGAGCUUCUUAGGGUCGAAGACUUACCUGACGAGUUUACGCGCGCGGCGAGGGCUUGCUUAGAGUUCGCGCGGGAACGAUCUAAACUUAUAAGAUUGCUUCCGAGGAGAGAUGUAGAGGUGGUGAUUGGAAAUGGAACACCAUUUCUUUUCAAGGAUGCUGAUGAUUCUGCGCAAAAACUUACGUCUUUCGUAUCUAAUGGUGAAUCCAAUGUACUGGAUAUGGAUAAAGUGAGCACAGUUGAUUUGAUGAGAUUCAUAUUAAGUUAUACUAGCAAGCUUGUGUCUUCUUCUGAAAGUAAUAAUUUCUACAAUAGAGAGCUAGUUGAAUCAUCUAUCCGGAAUUUGUUAAGAGAAUUGACCAAGCUAUGCUCUACUAUUCCCGAUUCAACUUCUUUUGGUUCAGUACAAAGUCAGUUUGCUGGUAAUAAUGGACAUUCCCGGAGGCCUUUUGGGCAAAAUAUUGAAAUGAAAAGAGGUGACUGGAUUUGUUCAAGGUGUAGUUUCAUGAAUUUUGCAAAAAACAUAAAAUGCCUUGAAUGCGAGGAGGCAAGACCAAAGAGACAACUAACGGGCGGGGAGUGGGAGUGUCCUCAAUGCGACUUCUUCAAUUAUGGGAGUAACUUGGUAUGCCUGAGGUGCGACUGUAAGCGCCCUGGAGGGGUCUCAGUCGGUACAACCAAUACCAGACCACCUGUGGCAUAUGAAACUGCGAACAAUUCAAAUCAGGCUGAGAUUGAUAGUAGGCUUGCUGCCAAUGAAGAGAAGGCACAGCGGUGGUUUAGUAAGAUUUCUCAGCUGGACAGUACUUCUGACAUGAGUAGUGCCAUAGCAGAUGAUGAUUUUCCUGAAAUAAUGCCGUUGAGGAAAGGCGUUAACAGAUUUGUUGUGAGCACAAGGAAAACACCACUAGAGAGGAGGUUGGCUAACUCUCGAUACCAAACUAAUGGCACCACUGAGGGUGGACAGCCUCAAGGGAUAAAUUCUAGUUAUGUUCCAUUUGUGCCAUUACCAGCAGAUAUGUUUGUGAAGAAACCAGAGAAUACAAAACCAGAGGACUUGGAUAGGGCAGCUACCGGACGAAAUGAAUUUGUUGCAUCAAAUACAAGAGAUUGGUCGGAUAAUGUUAGCGGGAGUCGUGAGUCUAUUAAAUCAGAAGAUAGUGUCCAAAAGCCAUUGAACCAGGCUGAAACUAAAGAGAACGAAGAAGCUGAAAAAUCUGACAGGUGGUAUAAGAAGAUUGCAGAUUUGCAUAAUGUCACCGAGCAGACUAGUGAAAUUUCAGAUGAAGAUUUCCCUGAAAUUAUGCCAAUGCGCAAAGGAGAGAAUCGAUUUGUUGUCAGCAAGAAAAAAGAUCGUUCUCUGACUUCUCCAGCCUACAAAAGACAAAUGGCCAUGGAGCAAGCUAGCAAUACUAAAUUUGUACCCUUUGUUCCCUUCCCACCUGAUUACUUUGCAAAAAAGGGUGCAAAUGGAGGGGAACUGGUGCCAGAAAAGCUGUCUAAUGCUAAAGCAGGGGAACACAGUAAGGACCAUUUUCAGCGUACAGAAAAUCACAUUGGGAUGCCGAGCUGGAAAUCAGAGCCUUCCCGAGUUAAAAUAAGUGAGGAUAACACUGGUGCUACGUAUGGGACACCAUCCAGUGCAAACUUUUCCCAAAAUUCUGCAAAGACCUACGACAGUAACGGCAAGAGCUCGAGUAGUAGAAAUGUUGGAAAAGAAACUUCAAAGCCAUCAAAUAUAACCGGAAGUUCACUCCAAUCCAACAACCAGAACAAUGGAGACAGUUGGACGGGAAAGAGUUUGGAGGGGUCUGCAGUGAAGGAACCAGAUCCUUUAGACAUGUCAGAGGAAGCCAAGGCUGAGAGGUGGUUCCGGCGAGUUGCCCAGAUCAAGGAUAUCUCAGAACUGAGUCAAAUUCCUGAUGAAGAUUUCCCAUCGAUAAUGCCAAUGCGUAAAGGGGUUAACAGAUUUGUCGUGAGCAAGAGAAAAACACCACUGGAGAGGAGGUUGACUUCUCCACAGUACAGAAGAAAUCUUCCGAUUGUGAGUUCUGAUCCAGUUAAGAAGGAAACUGACAAUAGCUAAAGUAUGAAAAAAACGAAAGGAAUGAAUGAAUGAAACUAGAAAUUGUUUGAAUUUAUAAUUGGUUCUGAAGAAAGAAGAAUAAUUAAUUUUAAUACAAUACAAAUCGUUGUAAUAUGUAUACAGAAUUUUGACACUUGAGCUAAGUGAAUUAAUUAAAGAUUAUUUGCAUGGGUAA